AUGGUUCUCGCUGUUGACCUUCUCAACCCUUCAGCGGCCGCUGAGGCCAAGAAGCACAAGCUCAAGACCCUUGUUCCCCAGCCCCGAUCCUUCUUCAUGGACGUCAAGUGCCCCGGCUGCUUCACCAUCACCACCGUUUUCUCUCACGCCCAGACCGUUGUCAUCUGCCAGGGAUGCACCACUGUUCUGUGCCAGCCCACCGGUGGUAAGGCCAGAUUAACCGAGGGAUGCUCUUUCCGAAGAAAGUAA